CAUCUGGGACUGUUUUAGUAACAGCCCGGCCCUCCCUGCUUUCACUCUUCCAUUUCCUGCUUCCUCAUCUGAACAAACCUCACGCUCUGCAUACGUUACUUUAUCUGAUUCCAUGUGAACGACGCCUUUCUAGGCAUCAUUGAGCCGACAGCAGUCAGAGAUUCAUUGAAAUAAGUGGGGCAGUCGACAGACAGAAGAAAAAAAUAUUAACCUCUGCCUUUUCAAAGACAAGCCUCGAUUCACGCAUCUUAAACAACUUCUAAAGACCUGAACUCUCGACUCUGAUCACCAAGAUUUCUUCAGAUUUUUUGGGGGGCGGCAGCAGAAACUUAAAAAUGUGGAGCACAUUUAGAUUCAACACUUCGGCUGACAUCAGUAAAAAUCUCAGAGCAAGUCUGGAGAAUUUUGUGAGGCUGUAUGGCCAACGCAAAGAUGAUCUUCAGCAAGCUUCUGAGCAUUUCAUGCAUGCAGCAGCUCUAGUUGAUAAAAAGCAUGAGGAUUUUGAUGACAAGACGGCCCAGGCUCUGUUAGGUAUGUUUGGAGGGGCUAUUGGUACAGUUUUUGGGGGUGUUACUGGUGGUGUAUGGGCUGCUUUGGGAGCAGUUAGUGCAGCAACUUAUGCCAAGUUUUGUGGCAACAUUAAUGCAGCUAGUGCAACUGUGGGCUUUGUAGGCGGUGUCUUUGGGGGAGUGGUGGGAGGAGCAUUUUCGGGGCUUAUUGGUGGAUUACUUGGUGUUGCAGCUCUAGCAGCAGGUAGAGAAGUUCAUGGGAUCGUGAGUGAUUCAAUAUGGUUUACUGUUGGCUUUGCCAUUGGUGGUGCAACUGGUAGCACAUUUGGCGGGUCAGUUGGUGCAGCAGGUGGUGCUGUGGGUGGUGGGUUUGGUGCUUUGCAUGCUACAAAAGCUGCAGUUUAUCUAGUCAGAAAAGCCAUUGAUUUUCCUUCUAAAACAAAAGUUCGAAAAGGAAAUGGAAAGCUAAAGAAAGAAGUAGUCACCAUGCAGAAAACUGGAGCAGAUUUCAUUAAAAGCAUCAAACCGCUGGUGGACGAGCUAAAAACGGUGCAAGAGAUUUGUGACCAAAUGGCCUCCUGUGACGCUGUGAAAGGCGUCGCUAAUCAGACUGCAAAGACUCUGGCUGCAGUGAACGCAAUGGAGAAAACGAUGAACGACAGUCAGAUGGAGGCAGACGAGUCAGAGUUUCUCCGCUGUGUUAAAGAAGCAUCGAGCCAAUGCAAGAUAAUCGCCGUGGAGCUGCAGAUGAUGAGAGAGGAAGUGGAGAAACUUCUGGUUUCACCGUAGAAACACUUUGCUGUCGGUGAAACAGGAGCUCUGAAAUGUUCUGUCUUGAUGGUUUCAUCUGUUUUACCUAGCUGUUUGUUUUUUAUUUGUUUAUUUGUUUAUUUGUUUCUGUUGUUAACUGCUCAUUUUGUAGUUCUUAUAUGCUCUUCAUACAGAAUCAGCUGUGUUAAUAUACGUCGGUUGUCUCAUCUUUAUACAAAAUACUGUUAUACUUCAUUUACAGAGAACAGAUGAGACAUUAUACCUAAAUUCAGAAUCUGCAUGUUACACUGGCAAAAACAUUAAAAAAAAUCUCUAACAAAAAUUUUAAAGUGGAAUGACAAAAUGACAAAGUUAAAAGAAAUUAAAAAUAAUUAGAAAAAUAAAUGAUCUGGAUCUAAAGCAGUUAUACAGUAAAGUGAAUAUUUAACAUCUAAAUAAAUUAAAUAAAGUCCUAACAGCUAUUCCCAAAGUGUGGGGCCUGCAGUACUGUCAUUGUUCUGAACGAAAACAAAAAAUACCCCUUUGUAAUUAAAUGUGAAGUUUCUGUUAAAAACUUUAAAUGCUAAAUACAAUCAAAAAAAAAAAAGAUUUAUAUAUAAUAAAAUAGAUGAAGUAAAAAGGGUUUAGUAAAAAAAGCUGUUCUAAAGCCUCUAAGCUUGGAGUCUCAAACCCGCGGUCCAGGGGCCCCUUGCGGCCCACAUCACCCCUACUUGCAGCCCACAGAUUGAUGUGGAGAAAAAAACAAACAAAACACAACAUUUUCAGAAAUAUUUAUGGCUGUUUUCUUGUUUGUUUGUUUUGUACUACUUGAACACUAAAGUAGCCCUCGAUGAGAUGACAGUGCCAGUAGUGCCCUGCAGCAAAAUCUUAAUCUCCUGACAGUCGUGUUGAAAGAGAAGUUUUUUGUUUUUACAUUAUAGCAGCAGUCAAACAGGAUCUAUAAUACAUGGAACUCAUGUGUACCCAGUCAAAGAAAACAAAGAAGCUCUGUUUGUUUUUAAAACAUGUAAAGAUUUGUUAAGUUUAAGUGUAUGAGGCUGUGUUUCAACUGGAUUAAAAAUGUCACUGGGGA